UCUAAUUUAAAAAUUUAAUCAUUUAUGGUUCGGUCUCACAGAGUCGUUUGUCUUGUUUUGUCGUAACAGUUUCCUUCUAGUUAUGUUUGCUGUAAACACAUUCGUUUUAGCAAACAAUAACGCGUAAAGGAAAACUGAAACUUUUCGAAUGUCCUUCCCCAAUUGAAAAAAAAAGUUCGGACCUAUCUCGUCCGUUUGUCAAAUACCUAGAAUAAUCUGACACUUGUUAUGUCGUUCAAAGAAUCCCUUUUUAUUAUGAUAAUGAUUCAAACCUAGUGAAAAUGUGUGUUAACGAAAAGAGUCCAACGCCAUGGCAGUUAGCAGCACAGGACCAAUGAGCUCCCUUCGAUGUAUUCUUCUGACCAAACACGAUGGAUGCAGAAGGAACGACAAAUGGAAAAGAAGCAUUCACGUUCUUCAUCUUCCUCAUCAGGGAGCGACUCCUCUUCAUCUUCAUCAUCGUCUUCUUCAUCGUCCGGAUCGGAUUCGAGCAGUGACAGCGACAGCAGCAGCAGUUCCAGCAGCAGUAGUGGCAGUGCUUAUAGACGUAAAGAUAGCAAGAUUCGAAAGAAAGCAAAGAAAACAUCCAAAGCAGAAAACAAUUCUUCACGUACCGCAACACAGAAAGGAACAGUCGACAUGUCUUCUUCAAAGCAUGGCACUGGAGGUGGCAGUAGUGAGAAGGUGACUAGAAUGACUUCACCUUUACCCUCUGAUCGCCGGACCUCACCAUUGAACAAAAAACGCGAAACAAAAGUUGAGAGCCCUGUCAAAUCUAGUCGAGAUGAACGAAGAAAAAAUACCGCAGAACGUGAAAAACGUCGCGAUCGAAGCAAUUCUCGUGAUCGUCAUGAAGAAAGCAAGCGGUAUAAUGACAAAGGAAAAGAACGCCGAGACCGGGACUGGCGCGAUAAGGAUCGCGAUCCUACAACUAAGCAUAAUCGUAAUCAUCAAGACGAUUACCGAGAUCGACGGGAUAAGCAUGUUAGUCGAAGUGGUAGCAACUAUAAGGAUGAUAAACGUGACCGGCGUGACAGAAAUGACCGUCAUGACCGAAAGGAUCGCGAGCGAAGUCGAGAUCGCAAAGAUAAAAGAGAUUAUGAAAAGGACCGUCGCAGCAGAAGAUCUUCUUCGAGAGAUAGAAAACGAAGAUCGAGUGCCGAAAGAGGAAAACGAAGAUCUCGUUCUAGGAGUAAGACACCGUUAAAAACUAGCACCAGUAAAAUACCGCCACUAAUGAGUAUACCAUCAACAUCAACCUUGAAUGCAUCAAACCCAGCCUUAAAGAUAACGCCAACUCCACCGACAUCUUACAUACCACCCCUAAUGGGUAUUAACGUACCUCCAGUCGAUCUACCGUCAAGAUCAAGCACCAGCGGAGAAUUGGCAAUUGAUGCCGUAAGCGCUAUGUCGCGUAGUUCGCUAAUUCGAAGCAAUGUGAAGGCAGCGCAGCUUGACAAAAUGGGCAUUGAUGUACUACAGCAGACCAAGAAAGCUACUGAGUCCGUGCCAUUACCUUCCUACUAUAACCCUGGUGUCGUAAAUCCCGUUCGAUAUGCCGAUCAAGUGCAAAAGCGAAAACUGCUAUGGAGCCAUAAGACACCCGAAAGCAAGGAUGUUACCACAAACAUCAGUAAAUGGGAACAAGCCAAAUUUUCCCAAGACAAAGAUGGCAAAAUGGCGUCUAAGUUUUUACGCCUGAUGGGCGUUAAGGAUGGUCAGAAGGUAACGUCCGGCUCAUCCUCUAAACCAGGCAGUUCUUCAGGAGAUAGUAUUAACAAACAGGAGGAACUUUUCUCAACAAUGGAACAGCAGUAUGAGGUGGCACGUCAAGUGACACACACGAUGCGAGGUGUGGGUCUUGGCUUUAGCUCGCAGCCACGCACCUUCUAAAGUAUAAGUAUGAAGUUGGUGAGUUGCGUAUGUCACCUUUAAAUUUAUCGCCCCGGCGUUGAAGCGUUGAACUGUUUUAGAAAAAGAUACUUUACAGUUUAAUUGACAUAUGAAAGCUAGUCGCGAAAGAAGUAAAUUGCGAUGGAAAAUUUAUUAUUGUACACUGAACUGUAACGAACGAUUAUGCUGAAUCAAUAAAGUUAAGAGAAUAACCAGA